CAUAUAUAAACUCCGAGCUGAUUCGGUGCUAAUCACAGUUUGUCGCUUGCGCUUGCCUAAAGUUCACACACACCGAGAGUGGGUUCGAUCUGAGUGUCGGAGAGAUUUGUUUUCGAGGAAACCUGCAGACCGCCCCAUCACAUAACCGAUAUCAAGAUGAAAUUGUUCGCCGUAGUUGCUCUGGCUUUGUUCGCGGUAGCCGCCGCUCAGGAAAAGUACACCACCAAGUACGACGGUGUGGAUCUGGAUGAGAUCCUCAAGUCGGACCGCCUGUUCAACAACUACUACAAGUGUCUGAUGGAUCAAGGCCGUUGCACACCCGAUGGCAAUGAGCUGAAACGCGUUCUGCCCGAUGCCCUCAAGACUGACUGCGCCAAGUGCAGCCCCAAGCAGCGAGAUGGAACCCAGAAGGUCGUCAACUACCUGAUUGAUAACCGUCCCUCGCAGUGGAAGAACCUGCAGGCCAAGUACGAUCCCCAGAACAUCUACGUCGAGAAGUACCGCACCGAAGCCAAGAAGGCCGGCAUCAAGCUGUAAAGAGGGUGAUAAGUUCGCCCCUUGGCCACAGCUGGACUGAGACUGAGACGCACCCGGAGAAGUUUAGCCUCAACAAGCAAAUCACAAAAAGUCCUACUAACUAAGAACUAACAUCCCUCCGUAAUGCAGUGGCAAGCACAGAGCGAAGCCCGGUGACACGGCAACCUGGCAGCCUGAACCUGAAAAAUGAAUCUUUAUUUUUGUAAUUUUUCCCUCUAUCUGUGAUCGAACCUGUAAAAGUUUGCAAGCGGUUCGGGUUUUGCCGAAGGGUGGUGGUAUGGAAAAUAUGCCGCAAAUGGGUUGCUCGAGUCGGUCUUUGAAUUACUGUUACUGUGAAAACUAUUAUUUUUUGUAAGUUAAAAAUAAAACAAACUUUAAAAUUUAA